UCAACCAUACUGAAAGUUAACAGGGAGUAAGCGGCGAGACGAGCGUCCGCCUGUAAAUAACAGCGUCUUAUUGGCUAGAAUGUGUGAUGAAACCGCUCGCUGCCGGGAAGCAGGGCGAAGUGGGGGCGCAUGUGUUUUGCAGUCAGGCGUGGUCAGGUCACCCUUAUGAUGCUGUAGACAAGCGACGCUGCGGAAUACACGCGAGUCUCAUGUCCAGAUCAGGCCUCCGAGUCGGAAUCUCACACUGGACCAGGCAGUUGGUCAAAACACGAUCUGAACCGAAUCCCAUCAGCUCUGUGAGCCGUAGCUCAGGCUUCUGCAAGGAGCAACAGGCACAGAACCAGCGACCCAAAGGGGCCCGGUAUAAACAGGCAAUUGGAACUACGCUACCGGCGCAGAACCGACGUGACAGCAGAGCACCUGAACCGGGCGUGAAGCGGGUUCGAUCCGAGCCAGCGAGGAUACUCUGGAAUCAGAACCAGCGUUUCCCAUUAACAUUGCGACGCUUUACUGCCGGAAUUGGAGCCGGACCGCGAUGCAGUUCUGAUUACAGCGCAAUUCAGGGAAUCAGACCGGGUCCGAUGGAUAAAGCUGAGAAUUCAGGUCCAGAACCUACAACAGAAAAGAAACGCGAACCCAGUCCCAUUGCUCCCGACAGCGCGAUCCCCGAACCGGCGCAGAAACGGAAAAGCGACGAGACCGAGGAGCCAGGACGCCGCCGCGGCAAGAGGCGGAGAGGCGCCGGGGGAAAGAAGCUCCCUCCUGGGGAGAGGUACGUACCCCCGCCGCAGAAGCGCAACCCGGGCGUCAGCUUCAGCCAGGAGCACUUCCAGGAGACGAGUUAUUACUUCGAGGGCGGGCUCCGCAAGGUGCGCCCGUACUACUUUGACUUCCAGACCUACUGCAAGGGGCGCUGGGUCGGCAAGACCCUGCUGGAGGUGUUCAGCUCGGAGUUCCGGGCCGAGCCCAUCGAGUACUACCGACAGGCAGCGGCAGCCGGCCGGAUCAGACUCAACGAGGAGCCCGUGCGGGACCUGGGCAUCGUACUGAAGAACAAUGAUUUCCUGCGGAACACCGUUCACCGCCAUGAGCCCCCGGUGAGCGCCCGGCCCCUGGAGGUGCUGUCGCAGGAGGCUGGUUUGGUGGUAGUGGACAAGCCGGCCUCUCUGCCCGUGCACCCCUGCGGCCGCUUCCGUCACAACAGCGUGCUGUUCCUGCUGGGCAAGGAGCGCGGGCUGGGGGGGCUGCACACCGUGCACCGACUCGACCGGCUCACCUCCGGGGUCCUGCUCCUCGCUCGCACCCUGGAGGCAUCGCAGAGACUGGACCAGCUCGUCAGAGACAGAGAGCUGGAGAAGGAGUAUGUGUGCCGGGUUCGAGGGCAGUUCCCUGAGGGGGAGGUUGUGUGCGAGGAGCCCAUCCUCGUGGUGUCCUACAAGGUGGGUGUGUGUCGCGUGGACCCUCGUGGAAAGCCGUGUCGCACAGUGUUCCGCCGGCUCCACUGGGACAGCCGCAAUGGCUCCAGUGUGGUCAGCUGCCUGCCCCUCACAGGACGGACGCACCAGAUCCGCGUGCACCUGCAGUUCCUGGGGCACCCCAUUACCAACGACCCCAUCUACAGCUCCCCCGUCUGGGGGCCCGAGGGGGGCCGGGGCGGGCGCGUGGACCUCAGCAACGAGGAGCUGCUCCGGGCUCUGGUGGAGGAACACCGGGCUAACGAGAGCCUGCAUCUCCUGGACAUCGCGGAGGGGGAACUCGACAAGGGAGGAGAGCCCCAGGGGACAACACCCCAGGGGCUGGGGCUAAGUGAGGGCAGCGCAGUGACAUGUCAGGCUGGAGAAAAUGUUUUGAAUGAGGUUGCUGGCGCUGGUCAUCAAACUCAAAGCAAUCACAGCAUAAUUAAAGGGACAGGAAAGGAUUCAGGCUGCUGUGACGAGUCUGAAGGAAGUUUGUGUGCGCAGGGAGUUCCUCUGGCUGAUGACACAGACCUCAAGGAAACAGCGGCAGAAAAUCCUGUUCCUCGUGGUGGUGCAGCUGGAGAGAGUGCACAGCGGUCAGGAGGGGAGAUCCAGGCUGGCACUGAGGCGGACGCUCCGGCCUCGCCCCCGGUUAAGGACCCCCUGUGCAGUGAGUGUAGGAUUGCGAGGCAGGACCCCACCGAGAAGGAGCUGGUUAUGUAUUUACAUGCUCUGCGAUAUAAAGGACCCGACUUUGAGUACUCCACCCGAUUGCCUGAAUGGGCUCGGGAGGACUGGCUGGAGGACUGA